AUGAUCAGCUUGAAGAAACUCAUCGCCCUCGCGAGGAGGUGGAAAAAGAUGGCUGGCAUUGGAAGGAGAACCAUAUCGCUCCCGAGGAUCAAUGGCAAGCUAGCAAGGGCAGGCCAUUUCGUUAUCUACUCGGAUAAGAGACGUUUCGUUGUUCGUUUGGCAUAUCUCUAUACCAACAUUUUCAGAGAGCUUUUAAGAUUGUCCAAGGAAGAGUUCGGACUGCCGAGGGAUGGCCCGAUAACUUUGCCAUGCUAUGCAGCAGUCUUGGAGUACGUCAUCUCGUUAAUUCAAAGACAUGUCUCUGAAAAGCUGGAGCAGGCAUUAAAAAACUCUAGGAAGAAGCUAGUCGUAGCCCUUUUUGGCUGA